AUGUCCAAAAGGAAUUAUGAUGUUUGGUGUGGAUCGGUCGGAACCAGCUCUGUUGCUGCUGUCCUUUCAUUUCUUUUUGCGAUCGGAAUGUCAGCUUGGGGAAUUGUCAUUUAUUCGCAAUUUUUCGGGACUAAAAAUUCUGCCACUUGUCAAGCAAAAUCCAUGCUUGAUCUGUUACUUACGUAUUGCAUUGUGACCAUUGUUUCAGGAGUUUGCAGCUUUGCUUCAAUUUUCAUGGCCGUUCUAGAUGCUUGUGUUUUUCAAGCAUCCCAAAGAAAGGAGGAUCGACAAAAAUCAAGACCAUGUUAUUCCAUUGCUCAAUGUUGCAUUGGAGUUAUUGGUUGUGCCACUUUGGGACUUUUAAUUGCCAUUACUAUUUUUCAAUAUGCUAACUCUUGUAAAACAGAACAAACCAAAUUGUAUGACAUGAUGCACCCGUUUAUAAUAACUCAAUAUUGUGCCAUUCCUGUUUUGGGAUGUUUGUUGGGAUGUUUUGUUUGUUUUGUUCAAUGUUGUGUUGCCAUGAGAUCGGAAAAUACGGAUUACAUUCGUGUGGAAAAUAUUAUGCAUUAA